ACAACUGCCAGUGCCCCAAGUGCUUCAACAGCCAGCAGAUGUCGCGCAUCAUCUACUGGGACGAGCUGGACACAAGCGUCAAGCCCACCGACGUACAGGCGGACGAAGAAAAGUUAGCUGUGAAGUGGUCGGACGGCCACAGGAGCGAGUUCACGCUGGAGUGGCUCAAAGACCGCAGCUUACUGCCGGAAGACCAGAGGAAGUGGCUCGACACGACCUACAGGCUCCCAAAGGUUGCCUGGAACGCCGAAAACUACAACUCCAUCCUCCAGAGAUUCAAGUACAGCGACGUUGUAAACAGCAAGGAACACCUUCGAGGUUGGCUUGAAGCUAUGGCUGUAUAUGGUGUCGCUAUAGUGUACGACACACCACCAACAGAAGAGUCAUUGCUGGAAUUGGGAGACAAAGUGAUGUUCCCAAGAAGGACGCAUUAUGGCGUGCAGUUCCACAUAAGGGACAAACCCAACGCCACAAAUGUGGCGUAUCUUAAGGAGAAGCUAGAGAUGCACACCGACCUCAUGUACUACGAGUACAAACCUGGGAUAAACAUGCUGCACUGUCUGGUUCAGACAGAGGGAGCUGGAGGUGAUAACCUAUUGGCUGAUGCUUAUUACCUGAGCGAAAAGCUGAAAGUUACAAACCCAGAGGCUUACAAAGCUCUUAGCACGGUCCCUGUUACGUGGGCAGACAUCGGAGAGGACGGAGGGAAGACGUUCUACAGCUUGUACAGGGCACCUGUCAUAUGUAAUGACAUGUUUGGCGAGUUCAUGAGGAUAAAUUACAGCCAGCCUCAGAGAUCUUCACACUUCAAUGCCACUCUUGACCAGAUUGUUGCCUGGUAUAAAGCGUACGACGUCUUCACCAAAGAGUUACACAGCCCAAAGAAUCAAGUUCGCUUCAAGACCCGUCCAGGAGAGAUCCUGACAUUCGACAACAUCCGGCUGAUCCACGCCCGUGAAGGCUACGACGACAAACCGGGCAACGAGAGGCACAUCAUAGGCCAGUUCCUCGACUGGGACGAAGUCUUCUCUCGCCUCAGAGUUCUCCGCAAGGAAGCGGGUCUCAUUAAAUACUAGUAUUGCAUCUUAAUUCGCUCUCUGCGAUAUGAGCAAAAUUCAGUGCCGUGGGAACUGUCUGGAAGACAGUUGUGACACUGCAUCAUCACAAGCGCCUGUGUUCAGCAAGGAAUGUUCAUGGACAAACUACCAUUUGCCUGAAGUACUGAGAUUGUGAUGGAAUAUAGUCUCUUGUGUUCCGCAGCACAACGCUGUAUGUGAUUGUUACUAAUUUAAACGUUUUGUAUAAUGUGUAUAUGUUUGUCAUUACAUUACAUACUUAAGACUGAUAAGACAUGAUUCAAGCUUGUGGAGCAUUAGCCGUAGCUCCGUCAUAUGCAUGUGGU